AUAAUUUUCAUCUUCUUCAGUUCAGUAUUUGCGUUCUUCUCUCACUCAACGAAUUAACUCUUACCUCAAAUCUUUAGGAAUCGGCACUGAUUUUCGUUUUUCAUUUAAGGUCAUGGCUCGCGAUGCAAAUCCUACAGUUGGAGAGGAGCUUACCACCUUCCAUCCCACUCUUGGUUCCCAAGUCUCACAAAACUUGACAUUGUUCCACGACGUCGAGCCAACCGUGACUUCUCGAUCAAGACUCGACUACACUUUUCCCGAAGGUGGCACCAAAGCAUGGCUCGUUGUGACUGGAUCAUUCUGCAUCAUUUGGGGCACUUUCGGUUUGAUUUCUUCAGUUGGUCUUUUUCAAGCCUAUUGGAAAAGUCAUCAACUCUCGAACUAUUCUAAUGGAGAUAUUGGUUGGAUCCCCGCAGUCAACAUAUUUUUCAACUUAUUCCUCGGUGUCCAAAUAGGGCCACUAUUCGACCGAUAUGGCCCAAAAUGGUUGAUUCUUACCGGGAGUUUGCUCUACGUCGUCAGUUUAUUGCUCCUUGCUGAAUGCACCAAGUACUGGCAUUUCAUGCUCGCUUACGGAAUCUUGAAUGGCGUCAGUGGUGCUCUUCUCACGACGACUGCUUUGUCCGUCAUUGCCCACUGGUUUGAGAGAAAGCGGGGUAUGGCAAGUGGAAUUGCUUUUGUGGGAUCGAGCAUUGGUGGAAUUACCUUCCCCUUGAUCCUGAAGCCGGUAUUCCAAAAGUUUAGCUGGGCAUGGUCUCUAAGAAUUGUGGCAUUGAUAUGCUUGAUACUCAUGGCUGUUGGUAACAUCUGCAUUCGAGGUCGACUACCGCCACGGAAGAAUGGUGGCGCAAUCGAUCUCAGAUGCUUCUUAGACGCACGUUUCUCAUGGGCGACAGUUGGGGUUGCUUGCUUCGAGUUUGUGCUUUUCGGUGCUCUCGGUCUCAUUCCAACCUACUCUUUAUCUCAAGGCUUCAGUAACCAAACAGGAUUCAACAUCAUUGCAAUUCUGAACGCUGGCUCCGCCCUCGGUCGCUCGUUUUCUGGGUACAUCUCAGACCGCAUUGGUCGAUUCAACACGAUGCUUCUCACCCUUAUCUGGACUCUCAUCGUCACCCUAGGGCUUUGGUUACCCAUUGGUGACAAUCUUGUCAUGUUCUACGUCUUUGCUCCUCUGUUUGGUUUUGGUUCAGGGAGUAUCAUCAGCAUGGCCCCAGUAUGUCUUGGCCAGCUUUGUCGCGCUGAUGAGUAUGGUCAAUAUUAUGGAACAUCUUACUCAGUCGUUGCUUUUGCAACAAUGGUAUGUAUUCCAGUUGGCGGAGAGUUAUUGCCGCGCAUUGGAGCAACUGGCUUUGUGGCAUUCUUUAGUGGCAUCCUUGUUGUUGCCACAGCCAGCUUUAUCAUGGCAAGGUGGGCCUCACUAGAAUAUCGUUGGCACUGGGCUGCAAAAAUAUGAAGAGUUCUAAUGGCCUCGAGAAUGGUGGGGUAUGGGGGAUUCGUAGUGUAACGCUGAUCAGGCCACUGUGGAUUGCUCUCUCUGUGGAAAAGCGCAGGCCGACGGUCAAAUCAAAAACAAGAACCCCAAGAGCAGAUGGCGGAAACAAAAAUUGGUUUGAACAGCUUGUUUACGCGAUGAUUAUUAGGAAGCAACUCGAAAUUGAGGUUGAUAUCCGAAGCCGGCAAUACAGUCGCCUCGUUUUCCCCAAAUUGAACUCUGGGCGUGUUAAAGUGCUGGCUGACCAGCUUGCCAAGUAAAUUUUGAAUGUUCGAACUUCGAAUACGCUAGCUUUCCAGUGUCCGGCGCGAUUAAACCCACAUUUGUUCAUUCCAUUACCACGAAAUUUAAUCCAAUUAAAAUAUUACACCAGGCCGAC